AGACCGUAAACAAUACCACUUCACGAAGCCGUAGGCGGGUCUGUUUGUACGCACCCCGGGUUAAACUUUGACAAGUGGGUUCUCUACACACAAAGCACCUUGUAACGGCUAGAACUCAUUUCUUACAGCGUUAAGAACUACCUUCACGACAACAGAAAACAUGGAGGAUCCAGCCUUUCCUGACUCGGUGGACUCCAUGCCGCCUGCUGGGACGGCACCACCCAAAACUACAACAGGUGGCGGGUCUAUGGUCAGCUUUAACGUAGACUACAUCAAGACUAUACCUGGUAUACUCAAGGUGUGCGAACUGUUUUUCGGACUGAUCACGUGGUCAUGUGUGGCGUCCUACCCCUACCAGUACUACCUGAACGGAAUAGGGGCGGGGCAGCACUGGGUGAUGUUCGUUGCCGUGACAACCUGGCUCAUCACCCUCAUCCUCUUCGUCAUGUUCAUCCUGUCCGUCCCCUCGAACGUACCGGUCCUGUCAGGUCUACCCUGGCCUUUCAUGGAGAUGGCGUAUAACGGUGGUGCGUCUGUCCUGUACUUCCUGGCGGCGUGUGUGCAAGCGGGAACCACCGCCACACGAUGGGUGUACCUCCCUGGCUACACAACAUACGCAGCUGCCGCUGCCUUUGCUUUCUUCACCACGAUCGCCUACGUCGCAGACGCCUUCUUCGCGUUCCAGGCAUGGCGCAGUCAGGGCGGCGGGCCUGCAGCAGGAGCGGGCGCACAGCCGUAGACAAACAUCGCCUGGGGAACCCAUUCUCUUACGCAGUUUUACACAAUAGCCUGGCCGGGUACCAUCCGGGAAAGUAGUUCGCUGCGGCGUUUAUCAUACACUAUCUCUCUCUGACAUUUAUUACACACUAUAUACAGUCACUUCUCUGCUAUUCCGUCUUGGAACUA